AUGGGAGCUAAAUGUAGUAAAAAUAGUGCUCGGAACGCAUCGGAGAAUGCAGAUGCUGAUGCCCGCAGAGACCUCGAGAAUAAAACUUCUCUGAGAAGCACCGGAUCGAAGCAAAACUUGUUACAGGAACUCGCCAGUUUCAGACCUGAGGGAACCUUGUCACACCUCGACUCGGCCAAAAGCAGUAAACAUUCUGACUCCGCCCCUGCGACCGCAGGCUCGUUUCACGACUCAAUGUCCAUGCGCACCGGCUCUCAACUGUCAUUCAAGGACAAGAAUGGUGGGUUUUUAAACCAGACCUCAGGGCUAAACAAGCCAUUCGGCUCCAUGAAUACCGUUUCAAGUCGUGGAUCCAGCAGGCCGUCAAACAGGGGAUCAUUCCAUGAAUUUUCCAACCCAAGCAAGCAAAGUUCAAUGGUUACGAGCCUUCCUAGUUUUGCAUCAACCAACGACUCGGAUUCUGUAAUAGAUAACACAGUGGAAAUGAGAUCAUUCACGCCCUUUGACAUGAAGAAAACUGAUGAACUUGCUCAAUUUUUUGUGACUCAGUGCGGAUUGGGACUCUCAAGCGACCACAACCCUCUCACGUGUAAGAUAUGCCAGACUGUGGAUCUUUCAGAUGCUCCUUUAAUUGCUUAA